GAUACUCACCAUGAGGCACCUGGAGGUUCUGUUUCUUGGCCUCACCUGCUGCUUGGCAGCAGCUUGUGCUGCAAAGUUGGGUGCUGUGUACACAGAAGGUGGUUUCGUGGAGGGCGUCAACAAGAAGCUCAGUCUCUUGGGUGGUGACUCUGUUGACAUCUUCAAGGGCAUCCCCUUUGCUACUGCCAAGACCCUGGAGAAUCCUCAGCAUCACCCUGGCUGGCAAGGGACGCUGAAGGCUACAGACUUCAAGAAACGAUGCCUACAGGCCACCAUUACCCAGGACAACACCUAUGGGCAAGAAGACUGCCUCUACCUCAAUAUCUGGGUCCCCCAGGGCAGGAAGCAAGUGUCCCACAACCUGCCUGUGAUGGUCUGGAUCUAUGGAGGUGCCUUCCUAAUGGGGUCUGGCCAUGGAGCCAAUUUUCUCAAAAACUACCUGUAUGACGGGGAGGAGAUUGCCACUCGGGGCAAUGUCAUUGUGGUCACCUUCAACUACCGUGUCGGACCCUUGGGUUUCCUUAGCACCGGGGAUGCUAACCUUCCAGGUAACUUCGGCCUUCGUGAUCAGCACAUGGCUAUCGCCUGGGUAAAGAGGAACAUUGCAGCCUUUGGGGGGGACCCUGAUAACAUCACCAUCUUCGGGGAAUCUGCUGGAGGUGCCAGUGUCUCUCUGCAGACCCUCUCCCCAUACAACAAGGGCCUCAUUCGGCGAGCCAUCAGUCAGAGUGGUGUGGCACUGAGUCCCUGGGCCAUCCAGAGGAACCCACUUUUCUGGGCCAAAACGAUUGCUAAGAAGGUGGGAUGCCCCACAGAGGAUACUGGCAAGAUGGCUGGGUGUCUGAAGAUCACAGAUCCUCGGGCCUUGACACUGGCCUACAAGUUGCCCUUGAAAAGACAGGAGUACCCCAUUGUGCACUACCUGGCCUUCACCCCCGUCAUCGAUGGUGACUUCAUUCCUGAUGAUCCCAUCAACCUGUACAACAACACUGCUGACAUUGACUACUUAGCGGGGAUUAACAACAUGGAUGGCCACCUAUUUGCUACCAUUGAUGUGCCUGCCAUUGACAAGACCAAACAGGAUGUCACAGAGGAGGACCUCUACAGGCUAGUCAGUGGACACACUGUUACCAAGGGGCUUAAGGGUGCCCAAGCCACCUUUGACAUCUACACUGAGUCCUGGGCCCAGGAUCCGUCCCAGGAGAACAUGAAGAAGACAGUGGUGGCCUUUGAGACUGACAUACUCUUCCUGAUCCCCACGGAGAUGGCUCUGGCCCAGCACAGAGCCCAUGCCAAGAACGCCAAGACCUAUUCUUACCUGUUUUCUCACCCUUCACGGAUGCCUGUCUACCCAAAAUGGAUGGGGGCAGACCACGCUGAUGACCUCCAGUAUGUCUUUGGAAAGCCCUUCGCCACUCCACUGGGCUACCGGCCCCAAGACAGGACUGUCUCCAAGGCCAUGAUCGCCUACUGGACCAAUUUUGCCAGGAGUGGGGACCCCAACAUGGGCAACUCACCUGUGCCCACACACUGGUACCCGUAUACCUUGGAGAAUGGCAACUACCUGGACAUCACUAAGACGAUAACCAGCGCUUCCAUAAAAGAGCACCUGAGGGAAAAGUUCCUGAAGUACUGGGCUGUGACAUUCGAGGUGCUGCCCACAGUGACUGGUGACCAGGACACCCUCACUCCCCCUGAGGAUGACUCAGAAGUUGCCCCUGUCCCACCUACAGAUGACUCUCAGACAGCACCAGUGCCCCCGACAGGCGACUCUCAGGAUGCCCCUGUCCCCUCAACGGGUGACUCUGUGGAGACUCAGAUGCCUGCCGUCAUUGGCUUCUAAAGUCUUAUAAGCCGGGGCUGGAGAGAUGGUUCAGGAGCUAAGAGCACUUAUUGUUCUUCUGAAGGUCCUGUGUUCAAUUCCCAGCACCUACAUGGCUGCUCACAACUGUCUGAUUCUGUCUACUGGUGUGCAGAUGUACAUGCAGACAAAGAACCCAUAAACAUAAAAUACAUACAUAAAUAAAGUCUUACAAGCCUUAGUCCCAGGGUCCUCCUCUUAUUGCCUCUCCUUCAAUAAAGCCUCAGCCCUCA